AGAGGAGGCGAGAGAGUUUUGAAAAGGUAAUAAAUUUCAAGUAACUAUAACAACAUCCUUUUGCAACCAAGUUUGUGUGGUUUCUCAGCUGCCAUCCUGGCAACUCAACUCAACUGCACGGCCCGGCCAAGUCAAGCCAAGUUAAGUUGCCAAAGAAACCAUUUGUGGCUAACAAGAGAAAACACACAACAACAACAACCACACCGACAUAAUAACGCAUGUUUUCCCGUCUGACAUGACAACCGGGAGGAAGACAUGGAAACAACAACCAACAACAAUUUUAUUGUUUUUCCCCGGCUCUCUCGCUCAGUGCAAUUUUGAGUGACUUGUAGCAGUUGUACGGAAAAUUGUGUAAAACGAAGUUGCGAAGUUUUUUUCUUUCAAAUUUGUUGUUGUUGUUCGUGUUGUUGUAAAAAGUAAAACUUUCCAUUUACAAAUGUCAAAAGAUGACGAGAUACGUAAUCUACAAAAUAGACGUAGAAAUAUUUUAUUUCUGGUGCAGCGUUAUCUCCAAGACAAUGGCCUCUUCAAUACGGCAACGGCAUUGGCCACGGAGGCGACUCGCCAGCUAAGCGAAGAUUUUGAGCUGUGUGACAAUGUCGAUUUGGAUGGCAUUUAUUUGGAAUAUGCCAGCUAUUAUCAGCUGAAGUUUGGCAAAUAUCCAAAGAUUGUAAAACGAGCCAGGCCGGGGGUUAAACUGGAAAUGACCCAGAAGCUGAGGAAGAAAAAUGGCAAAUGCAAUCAGGCGCCAGACAACAAUGGAGCGGGGCAGCAGCAGCUGCAGCUGGCGACAGGAGAGAAUGACACUCGUAAUCCGGCAAAUGGCUUUGAUGUGAAUGACCUGCAGGUGGUGGUAAAGAAAAUGGAAACGAGUCGCAUGAAAAUGGAUGUGGGUUCGGGAAAUCAAGCUGAAAUUGAUACCAUGGAGGGAAAUAAAGGCUCUGGAGAUUCUGCCCUCACCAGGUUGCAAGAAAUCCAACACAGUUCUCCAAAUCCGGGUGGAGAUUUGCUUUUGAGUUGCCAGGAAUGGCAAAAUCUGGCAGAAUUGGUCAAAUCCACAAUUCUCAGUGAACAGUCCAAGCUAAAAUGGUCGGAUGUGUGUGGCAACUCCCAGGCCAUUGAAAUCAUUAAGGAAGCUGUGCUGACUCCCCUCAAAUAUCCCCAGCUAUUUAACCAAGGCCUUAGGCCCUGGCGUUCGGUUUUGCUGCAUGGCCCUCCAGGCAGUGGAAAGACUCUUCUCGCCAAGGUGUUGUAUUCCGAAACCCGGGACCAGGUGACGUUUUUCAACAUUACCUCCAGUGUGGUCAUAUCCAAAUGGCGUGGGGAAUCUGAAAAGUUGCUAAAGAUUCUCUUCUACAUGGCCCAAAGACAUGCCCCUUCUAUAAUUUUUUUCGAUGAAAUUGAGGGCCUAACCUCAAAAAGGGAUCGCAGCACAGAUCAUGAGUCCUCGAAGCGUUUUAAAAAUGAACUACUUCAGCUAAUGGAUGGCAUGGAGCACUCCGCCCAAACUGCCAGUGUUUUCAUUUUGGCCAGCACCAAUUUGCCAUGGGAAAUUGAUGAGGCUUUUUUGAGACGUUUUGAAAAGAAACUUCUGGUCCAGUUGCCAAACCCGUCGGAAAGGGGGAAAUUAAUUGAAAAAUUAAUACCACCCAAUGUGAGGGUGGCUCCCGCACAAAUGGAAACUUUGCUGAAAUUAUCCCACAAUUUUACCGGUGAUGAAAUACGUUUGGCCUGCAAAGAAAUUGCCAUGCAAACGGUGCGACGUUUGACAAAAGCCCAGUUGAAGGGCGCCGAGCCGCUGCUGGAGGAUGUCCCAUUGGAAAAUGCUUUUAGACAAAUUAAACCUUUGAGUUUGCUGUUGAUGGACAAACAUGGUAAAUGGCAAAAGGAACAUGGUUCGUAAAGGCAAAGUCAAUAUAGGAAGAAGAGAAAGG